AUGUGUCAUUUUAGUCAGAACCAGGAGAAAGUCAACAUGAAUAUGAACACGUACAUUUGUUUGAGUUAUGUCUUUUAUAAUGUCGUUAUUGGAAAUAUUGCCAAUAAUAUAACUUAUGAUUGCUCCCGAAAUGAGGUUUUCAAACUCUGCGAAUCUUGUAACGAGUCUUGUGAAAAUGCCACGAAUGUAUGUACAGAACCCUGUGGUGGAUGUUUCUGUGAUAAAAAAUUGACGGAAGACAAAUAUAACCAAUGUUUCAAAUACGAAGAAUGUUCUCGACUAAAAAGGAACGAUUUUCCUGUAACCGAACUUCCUCUACCAUACGAGUUAUCAUGUGGCGCCCACCAGGUGUACAGCUCUUGCAGGAGAUGUGAUAAAACAUGCUCAGACCCAAACCCACCUUGUAACAGUAGCUGUAUCGCCGGCUGCUUCUGUGAUGAUGGCUAUCUGAAAGCACCAGAUGGACAAUGCAUCUUGUUAAAGAAUUGCCCCCAAGCUGUAAUAACGAUUGGCAGCAACGAGCCAUCUAUAGACGAAUGCCUGCCCGACGAAGUGUUCGUCUGGUGCGGCUGGUGUGAAGGGAGCUGUUCCGAGCCGACACCACAAUGCCCAGAGACUACGUGCACACAAGGAUGUCUAUGCCGACCGCCACUAUUGCGUCAUUAUACUGGCCUGUGUGUUGAAGAAAAGGAUUGUCUUCCUCAAAAAUGUCCACAUUCUACCGAGGAGUACACAUGUCAUUACGGCUGUGAAGCGAGAUGUAACGUGCAUGCGUGCACGCGACCGCGCCGCUGUCAUCUUGGAUGCCACUGUAAGCGCGGCCUGUUUAGAAAUGAAAAAGGAAAAUGCGUUCCAGCCAACGAAUUGAUGGUGCACCGCGUACCCGGAUUCCGCAAGAUAAUUACAGUCCAGGUAUUUGCGGAACCGAACUGUCUUAGUCCCGCUGGAUACAGAUAUUUGCGGGAUUGUGGAUGGCGGGUGCAUGUAUUCGUAUACCUCGGAACUCAAUAG